CGAAUCGCAUCCGUUGGGAGACCGUAGACGAUGUCGUCCGACGACAACCACAGCAACCCAAAGGCGCCGCCGGAGAAUGCCGACGCGGCGCUGCUCGCGACGCUCGGCUACAAGCAGGAGUUCAAGCGCGCGUUCCACCCCGUCGAGCUCUUCGGCGUCGGCUUUUCCAUCAUCGGGCUCUUGCCCAGCAUCGCGUCGGUGCUCGUGUACGCUAUCCCAAACGGAGGACCGGUGGCGAUGGUUUGGGGCUGGGCUGCGACGACGCCGUUCCUAGUCAUCAUCGGCCUCGCCCUCGGCGAGCUCGGCUCGUCCAUGCCCACCUCGGGCGGUCUCUACUACUGGACGCACUCGUACGCGAGCCCGAGAUGGCGCAACGUGCUCGCGUGGGUCGUCGGAUAUGCGAACACCAUGGGCAACGUCGCCGGACUGGCGGGAAUCGACUGGGGCUGCGCGGUGCAGAUAAGCGCCGCCGCGAGCAUCGGGAGCAACAUGAGCUUCAGCGCGACCACCGCCCAGACCUUCGGGAUUUACGCCGCCAUCCUCUUCUCGCACGCCAUCAUCGGCAGCACCGCGACGCGCGUCAUCGCGAGGCUGCAGUGGCUUUACAUCGUACUGAACGUCCUGCUCGUGCUGGGGAUCAUCAUCGCCGUCCCCGCGGCGACGCCGAAAGAGUUCCACAACAGCGCGAGCUACGCCUUCGGCGGGUUCACCAACUUCAACGGCUGGCCGGACGGCUUCGCCUUCAUCCUCUCCUUCCUCGCCCCGCUCUGGACCAUCGGCGGCUUCGACGCGGCGAUCCACAUCUCGGAGGAGGCCUCCAACGCCGCCGUCGCCGUCCCCUGGGCGAUCGUCUCCGCCGUCGGCAUCGCGUGCGCGCUCGGCUGGGUGAUCAACGUCGUGCUCGCGUUUUAUAUGGGCACGGAUAUGGCGAGCUUGCUCGACAGCCCGAUCGAGCAGCCGAUGGCGGCCAUCUUCUUCAAUUGCUUCGGGCAAAAGGGCACGCUCGCGAUCUGGGCCAUCAUCAUCGCAGUGCAGUUCAUGAUGGGCACGAGCAUCCUCGUCGCCGCCUCGCGCCAGACGUUCGCCUUCUCCCGCGACGGCGCCCUCCCCUUCUCGCGCGUGCUGUACCGGAUCAACCCCACCACGCGCACGCCCAUCAACUGCGUCUGGUUCGCCGCGCUCCUCGCGCUCCUGCUCGGCCUGCUCGCCUUCGAGGGCGGCGUCGCGAUCAGCGCCGUCUUCGCGCUCGCCGUCGUCGGGCAGUACAUCGCCUACACCGUCCCCAUCGCCAGCCGCUUCCUCUUCGCGCGCGACGCCUUCCGCCCCGGACCGUUCUACCUCGGCCGAUUCAGCGCGCCGGUCGGGAUUAUAGCCGUGCUCUGGAUGGUGUUCAGCAUCGCCAUCCUCCUCUUCCCGACCUCGCCCCACCCCGCGGCGUCGGACAUGAACUACACCGUCGCCGUCUCCGGCGGCGUCGUCGCGCUCUCGCUCGUGUACUACUAUUUCCCCGUGUACGGCGGCAAGCACUGGUUCACGGGACCCGUGAGGAACGUCGCGGUGGGUGGCGGAGGAGCAGGAGCGAGCGAGGUCGCGACGGUGGAAGGGGAGGAGGACUCGGAGGGCCCGAGGAAGAGCGCCGGGCCUGAGAGCGGCGGCGCGGAUGUGGAGAAGCGGCGGCUUGCGGAGAGGUUGUAUCAAGUGUGAUUGAGGGGGCGUCGAGAACGCGUGCGUGGUUUGUACUGUAAGCUUUGUCGCGUGGAUUUCAAAAAAAAAAAACGAAGCUUUCGAACGAACAUGGUUGUGGUCGCGAGCAUCCGAAGGGGUUGUGCCCAUUGUACUCUAUGCCGUAUACGAGUCCCUCGGAUCCAUUAUCAGUAGUUCUCGACCAUAACGCGCAUGUAGUCUCCGCCGACCUUGCCGGCCUCCACCUCGAGUGCCUUCUCCAGCGUCUCGUUCACGGCGAGGUACGCCUUCACCAGUUCCUCGCCCAACACCUCGGCCACCGCCUUGUCCGCCCUCAACCUCUCCCUCGCUUCCCCCGCGCUCCUCGGCACCCGCUCCCUCACGCCCUUCCCCUCCCUCUCCUCCUCGCUCAUCUCGCUCGCCGGCCGCUCCCCACAGUCCCCCACCUCCAGCUCCGCCCCCCGCGCGCCGACGCCGAGCACCGCCGCCAGCGCGAGAUACGGGUUCGCCGUGCCGUCCACGAGCUUGAGCUCGAAGUGGUGGUUCCCCGGCCCGGCGCCGCAGAGCCGGACGGGCGCCUCGCGGUUGUCGGUGCCCCAGGAGACCCAGGUGCCGCCGGACCAGACGCCGUCCUGGACGCGGGCGUAGGACGCGGGCGUGGGCAGGGUGAGCGCGGCGAGCGCGGGGAAGUGCGAGAGGACGGCGCCGAGGAAGGCGCGUUCGGCGGCGUUGAGCGUCGGCGCGGGCGCGGUGCCCGACGGCGCGGAGGGCGUCGCGGUGUGCACCGAGAUGUGGGCGUGCGCGGCGCUACCGCCUGGAAGAAGGGAGGGAGGAGGGGGAAGGGGGGGAAGGGUAGAAUGCGUCAGCGCCGAGCGGGGGGAAGGGAAUGGCAGGCGGACGCGCACGCACAGGAGUCGUUGAACACGCGCGGGGCGAGCGUGGCGCGCAGGCCGUGCGAGGCGGCGACGUUGAAGAUCGUCUCGCGCGUGAAGACGAGGGCGUCGGCGGCCUC